AUGCUGUUUUUCUUAGCUGGGAUGAAUUUUCACCUUCCCAAAGAAGCUAGAGAAGGCAGCUUAGGAUAUGGAUAUACUCUAGAUGAGGAGAAAUUCUGUUCCAAGCUUCAAAAGGCAAAUAAAUGUCAAGGAGUCUAUGAAAAUGAAUGCAAAGAAAUCACAAAUGACAUGGAAAAAUGCAUAAAUGCGACUGAUGAGUGGAUAGAUGACCUAAACAGGCUUUGCGAAAACGAAAUUAAUAUCUUUGAAAACUGCUUACUCCCCCCCCCCCCUCCGUGAGCGAACAAAACCAUUAGAAAAAUCGCCAUUUUUUGACCAAAAACCCACCCUCCGUGAGUGAACAAAAAUUUUUUUAAUAGAAAAAAUUUUAAUGGAAAAAAAUUUUGAUAUAUAAGUGAUAAUUAGUAUAAUGAAAUCUAGAGCUAAUUCUGUUUAAUUUUAAACAAAUUGCGUUUUAAAACAUAAAUUUUGCAAAUUAAAUUAAUAUUUGCUUCCCAAUUUUUGCAAAUUAGGAUUUUUUUAAAUUUCGAAAAAAAUAUUUUUUAUAAAAUUUAUAUAUAAAUUGUUUUUAAAAAAAAAAAUUAACCCCCCUCCGUGAGCGAACAAAAAUUUUUUUGUUCGCUCACGGAGGGGGGGGGGGGAGUUAGAAGAUGGGAGCAAAUGUGAAAUAGAAAGGCAUAAUUUUAUCCAGUGCUAUUGAAGGACAAAGCCAAAAUGGAUGCAGACUGAUAUUUUUGAUUAUUGAAAAGAAAAAUAA